UAUUGGGUCCAAACAAAACUCUAUAAUUCACUAAGAAGCAAUCUUCGAUUUUGAUUUGUGUGCUUCUUUGUUUCUGACUUUUAGGGAUUGACGAAUUGCACCCUUUUUUCAAAAAUUUCUUUCUGGAAUUUAUUUCUGGAUCUUGGGUUUGGUGUAAAUUGAUUGCAUUCCAACAAUUUCAGGAUUUUUAAUUAAAUCCAAGAACAUAUAAUAUAAUUCAUACAACUCAUUCUUUGCCCAUAAAGUUAAGUAAUUUGACGAUGACGAAUGGAAGCCCUGAGACUGCGAAAGAGAAGAAGUCGCGUAAGAACAAACAAGUUGUUGAUGAGAGAGUGCCUCUAUUGCCCAAGCAGCAAGAGGAUGAUGCUGGAUUCGAUGAGUUUGAUGGGGCUUCUUUUACCGGGGCAGUGUUUAAUUUAUCGACCACAAUUGUCGGUGCUGGAAUCAUGGCCUUGCCCGCUACUAUGAAAGUUUUGGGCCUUGUUCUUGGGAUUGCUAUGAUUAUUUUUAUGGCUUUCCUCACAGAAGCUUCAAUUGAGAUGUUGCUUAGAUCUAGCAGGGUUGGGAAAACAACUUCUUAUGGAGGUGUUAUGGCGGAUGCAUUUGGAAAAUGUGGGAGGAUUGCACUCCAAAUAUGUGUUUUAGUCAACAACGUUGGUGUUCUUAUUGUGUACAUGAUUAUUAUAGGCGAUGUGCUUUCUGGAACAACUUCAAGUGGAAUUCACCAUGCCGGUGUGUUUGAAGGGUGGUUUGGGCCAUCCUGGUGGAAUGGGCGUACCAUUGUUCUUCUAGUCACAACCCUUGCUGUGUUUGCUCCAUUGGCAUGCUUAAAGCGUAUAGAUUCAUUGAAAUUUACAUCUGCCUUAUCAGUUGCGCUGGCUGUUGUGUUCCUUGUAAUUAUGGUUGGAAUCACCGUUGUCAAGUUGAUAAACGGAAGCAUUUUGAUGCCAAGGUUACUUCCUGAUGUUACUGAUUUCACAUCAGUUUUGAACCUCUUCCCUGUAGUUCCUGUUCUCGUCACUGCAUACAUCUGCCACUACAAUGUUCACUCAAUAGACAAUGAACUUGAAGACAACACGCAGAUAAAAGCUGUUGUGCGGUCCUCUCUUGCUCUCUGCUCAACUGUGUAUGUAAUGACAAGCCUAUUCGGGUUCCUCCUAUUUGGUGAUGCAACUCUUGAUGACGUGCUUGCCAAUUUUGACACCAACCUUGGAAUCCCAUACGGCUCUCUUUUUAAUGAUGUUGUUCGUGUUAGCUAUGCCGGUCACCUCAUGCUUGUCUUUCCCAUUGUUUUCUAUCCAUUACGGUUGAACCUGGAUGGCCUUCUGUUUCCAUCCGCAAGGCCUUUGGCAUCGGACAACUUGAGGUUCACAUUAAUCAGCUUUGGGCUUAUUUCUCUCAUCUUCCUGGGCGCAAAUUUCAUACCCAGCAUUUGGGAUGCUUUUCAGUUCACUGGAGCAACUGCUGCUGUUUGCAUUGGCUUCAUUUUUCCUGCUGCCAUUACACUCAGGGAUCGUCAUGGCAUAGCAGCAAAGAAGGACAAGAUUCUAUCUGUUUUCAUGAUCGUCCUUGCUGUGGUUUCAAACGCGGUGGCAAUAUACAGUGAUGCUUAUGGCUUGUUGAAGAAGAAUGCAUCGCCACGCGAAUGAACCCUCAUUGUCAACAAUCAACUGGUGGGCGUUGCAUCAUUUUGCAUGAAAACGCCAAGAAAGCAGGACUCCUUUGGAAUGAGUUGGAGAAAAAUCUAUUGAGUUUGGUUUCAAUAGGAGGAAGAACAUUCUGCUCAAUAUCCAAAGUUGAGCUAGUUGCUUCGCAACAUGUUGUGUAUACAGGCGUGUUUCGAUUCUGGAUUUUAUAUCCCUCCUUUUUUUCUUUUUUCGGUGCAGUAUUGUAUUGCCGAGUAUUUAUAAUUGAAGAUUGUUGUGUUGGACUUGAAUUGCAAGUUUAUAUCUAGGAUAUGAAGUUAUUUCCUUCUUGUGCA